AUGAGCUCCGAUGGCUACUUUGACGAUGAUAUUGACGACGAAACUUUCGAGCAGCUUAAUGCGAUCGAAGCGCAAUAUCAGCAAUCGACUGAGCAACGCCCUGUCAGCGCGAGAGCUCCUUCCCCAAUCAACAUAGAUAGCUCUGACUACGGUGAAUCUAUCGACCUGGACGAGAGCGCUCUUGAUGCUCUCAAAGCCAUAGAGGAUGGGACAUUCCAACAGUUACCACGAAAAGCUGCCCCUUCACUCGCAAGAUCAUCGUCCAAAGGCACAUUGCAGACUACUCUAUUUGGAGAGGUCAUACCCGCGGGAGUAUCUACCACUAAAUCCAAACCUCAUGCCCAAAGGACCAGAAGCAAGCAAGAACCUCGGAAGACAAAGCAAUGGGAUCAUACCGCUUUUGCAAAGACCGGAGUUAAGAUUGGCAACGCAAGGGGAAAGGGCAAGAAUAAGCAGCAGGACGAAGAUGAGGAAGGGGAAGAAGAGGAAGAGUUCGAGUUUGAACAGUUUCCACCCCCUUUUCCUCCCCCCAGGAAAAUCCAACUGGACCUUUUGGAGGCUAAACACUGGAUUUUCCCUUUAAAUCGACCGAAACGUGAUUAUCAGUUUGAUAUCGUUAGGAACAGUCUCUUCGAGAAUACAAUUGUAGCUCUUCCGACUGGGACAGGAAAGACAUUUAUUGCUGGCGUAGUCAUGUUGAAUUAUUAUCGAUGGUUCCCGGAGGGAAAAGUAGUUUUCGUUGCUCCAACGAGACCACUUGUGUCGCAGCAGAUAGAAGCUUGCCACGAAGCUUGUGGUAUACCAGGAAGUGAUGCAAUUGAGAUGACCGGGCAAGUUUCCAAACCAAUAAGACAUAAAUUUUGGGGACAGAAACGCGUAUUUUACAUGACACCCCAGACACUGAUUAAUGAUCUACAAUCAGAGAACUGCGAUGCUCGAGAUAUUGUUCUUCUAGUCGUGGACGAGGCCCAUCGUGCCACGGGCGAUUAUGCUUACAACCAGGUCAUUCGUUACAUGAUGGCAAAAAACCCUCACUUCCGAGUGUUGGCUCUGACUGCUACUCCUGGCGGCAACAAAGAAGCUGUCCAAACCCUCAUUGACGGACUGCACAUCAGUCAUAUCGAAAUCCGAGCCGAGCGAGAACUGGCUCGCUAUAAUCACGUCAAAGAAAUUGAGCAGCAUGUCAUAUCAAUGACUCCGGAGAUCAACAGAAUCAAGGAUUUAUUUCUUAAACUCAUGGACUCUUUCUUCAAACCCAUUGCACAUAUCUGGAGGGGAUCUCCCAAUUUAAUGCGGAUGCAUCCAUUCGCAGCGACAUCUCUUGCCGCAAGUUUAGCCCAAGGACAACGUCAUCUUUGCGGCCCUCUAUAUACCUUGAGCUCAUUUGCUCGAUGGCUUGGUUACCUUAUGGAAGGUACGGUCAAGAUGUGCUACGACGAUCUUGAAGCCUACGCUCGUGGCCCUGACAGUACAGAUGGUAUGAAACCUUCGGAAAAAGCUAAGGCUACCAAAGCCAAAAAGGUGCACACCAACCCGCUGUUCCUCAGCCUUAUGAACGAAAUACGUGCUCAAAACGCGCAAGGAUUCAAAAUGCAUCCCAAGAUGGAGAAGAUGAAAAAUCUGAUCAUGCAGCAUUUUGGUGCGCGAAUGAGUGAGGAUGGUGAUCCGGAAAGUGGGGAAGGGGCAACGAAGGCCAUGGUUUUCGUUACACACCGAGCUGCAGUAGAUGAGAUUGUGGAAGUCUUAAAUGCGGAACAGCCCCUCAUUCGGGCUACACCCUUUAUCGGUCAAGGGACAGACAAGAAAGGAAAGAAAGGGCUGGCACAGCGCGAGCAGUUGGAGAUCAUAAAGAAAUUUAAGAAUAACGAGUUCAACAUUCUCGUUGCAACCUCCAUCGGUGAAGAGGGUCUUGAUAUUGGCGAAGUCGAUCUCGCGAUCUGCUACGAUACGCAAAAAACACCGAUUCGUUUGCUGCAAAGAUUAGGACGCACAGGUCGAAAACGGUCUGGUCAUGUCCACGUACUUCUCGCGGAUGGCCGCGAAGAGGCCAAUUUCGAUAAAGCCCAAUCUAGCUACGAAGAUGUCCAAGCCUCGAUCAUAUAUGGAUCGCAUCUGGAAUUCUACGCAGACGUUGAACGACUACUACCAGACAAUGUUCAGCCUCAAUGUCUCGAGAAAGAAAUGGAGAUAAUUCCGUACGUACGCGAUGAAGCACCCAAGAAGCGCGACAAUUCACCAAAGAAGGGUGUAAAGCGCAAGAGGAAUGAUGACAUAGGGAGGAACAUACCACAGGGAGCUAGCACAGGUUUCGUCAGCGUUGCGGAUCUGUUGGUCAAGGAGAAGGGAGGGAAGAAGGCUAAAAAAAUUCGCGAACCAAAGAAUUUCGAAGCCUUGGGAGAAGACGACGAGGACGAUUUAGAGCUGGCCUCCGGUAUUUUUGGUGAACCUCCGGCUCUCAAAAAGUCGAAAUCCGCUUCUGCACCCAAACCCAAAGCUGGUACUAGUUUGUUGCGCAAAUCCAAAACGCUCGAUCCAAGUAAGCCGAAGAAGACGAAGAAGGCAAAGGAGAAGGAGAAAGAAGAGGCUCCUCCUCCUUCGGAAUGGACAGCGAGCCAAUUACAAGCCAAAGGAGUUGAUGAUUCCGACGACUUGGAAAUUGAGAACGGUGUCCUUACGACGAAAACGAAUACCUUAUCUCCUCGUCGAAGCUCCUCCGGACAGGCUGUUGUCAAUGAAGAGGCUGAAGUCAUUGACUUGACCGAUUCAGAUCGUGAGGCUUCCGAUUUUGAACAAGCUUUCCAAUCACCAACAGGAUCCUGGGGCCAGUCUCCUCCGAGAGUAUCUCCGUCGCGCAAUGUCCAGAAUAUUGCUUGGCUGCUUGAAGACGAAGAUGAAGAUGUGCAACUGGACUUUGACAUUGUAAAUUCAUCUCCGGUCGUUGAGCGAACGCAGCAACCUUUGGUACCGGAUAACUCUGUCUUAGAUCUCGAUGACUCUGAUUCAUCGCCUGGACGUAGUCCAUCUCAGGGUAGAAUGUCGGUUGACGAUUCAUUGAAAUUUAUGAACGAUGCUUCUUCCCCUACGCGCUCAGCUUACACCCGUGUCUCAUCGUUGAGCGCAACACCGAUAGACGAUUCAAUCGAGUUCAUGGAAUAUGGGUCAUCUCCGCCUCCGCCUUCACAAGUACGAAAUGGAGGAUGGUUCUCUACUCGACAAGAAGCCAUCAAACAUUCUAAUACAGCGACGAAGGCGCCACCUACUCAAUCCAAGAUUCGUCGAGACGAUAUGCUCCCCCCUGACCUUCCUAGCAGCCCCGUUGAUUCAUCUUCCAUUUCUAUUCAUACUUCACCCCAAGCUCCCGAACCCUCUUUCGCUGUAAGACCUGUGGGUAAGAAACGCAUAACGACGCUGGCAUUUACGAACUCCUCCCCCUUAAUCGAAAGCCCAGCCCAAACCCAUCGACGUCUGCAUCGUCGACAUGAAUCAUCUGGUUCAGAAAUGCCACCUCCGACCAUACCAGGUAUAAAGCGCUCCCAAGACAAGCAUGAACGCCGGAAACGACCACGUGUUCCUAUGAAGCACAACCCUCUCUACGAUUACGAGGCCACACAUUCUGGGGACGAAGAGAGCGAGGGUUCCUCCGGUAGAGAAGACGUCGAGAGCGAGUCGGAUCGGAUGUUUUUGGAAGAGCUUCCAGAGACACAAGCCUCGCCCUCGUACGACCAGAGUCUGGCCUACCGACAGUCUCUCUUGACACAGGCCCCUGACGGAGGCCCGUCGUUCGCUAGCAAGCCAGUAAGAAAAGGUCGGUUCGGGCGCAACUCGAUCAGAACCCAAAACAGUAAUCGAAGGAGGCCAGGGGUUUCGAGCUCACCUACAAGGGAGGAUGAAACAGACCUGUACGAAUUCGGCAGUUUCGUAGUAAGUGAUGAUGCCGAAAUAUCUUAUGAGAUGUAAAAUUUAAAUAGUUUGAGGAGAAUUGACCUUUCGCAAAUUU